UAAUAAAAAAAAAAAAGAAAUUAAUUGAAAGGAAGCAGCGGUCGGAGCGGGCGCGCGAUCUGCACGGCACCGACGUUUCUGGAAUUUCGGCGUCUGCGUUAAAAUGACGUGAGACACGUGGAAACUGGGGCUCACGCGCUCCGACAUUAUCCUGUUGUUUUUAUUUUAUUUUCGAAUUAAUUUCUUUGUGGAAAGUUGGUUGGAGCGCGAGCGCGGUGAGGACUAUCCCGGGUUAUACCCAGCGGCUCUGUGUGUGUGUGUGUGUGUGUGUGUGUGUGUGUGUGAUAGCGGGUUAAUUAGACUGCAUGUACAUGGGGACAGAUGGAGGUAUACAGUAGGUAGUGGUGUACAGACUGGGGCUGGAGUUUUCUGGAGCUCAGACUGAAGGAUGGGAAGUUGAGCGCAGAGUGGACUUUCUUCAGAUUUGUGGAUGAUGUGACACACCAAGCUUCAUCUCCAACCCGUGGUUUUUCUCCCUGUUUCUCCCUCCGAUUCUGUGCUGUUUGAUUUCUCCCCCUGGAUGGAAGUUCUGCCCACCAUGCUGCACCUCGGGCUUCUGCUCUCCGGGUUCCUGCUUCUAGGAGUUACAGAGAGCCGAAUCCCAGAGACGCUCCCUCGUUACUCCUCCUCGCCCACCUACCUGCCUGUCAACUACCAGCUCCUCAACUCCGAGUCGUCGUUCCUGCUGAAGGAGGCCACGCAGGACUUCAUGCGUAACUCAAGCUUCCUCUCAAGGACCGAACCCUUCUUCAUCCACCAGGCCAGGAAAUCUCCGACUGUGAGGGCCAGCUAUGGCACGCUCUUUGUCGAGCAGCCGGUUCCUCCAGAGCUCCUCCAGCCUCCAGGUACUUUCAUCUCUUCCCCAAGUCUUUUUACCUUCAACUGGAAGGUCCAGACUUUCGUCCUAAAAGAGAAGAUCCACAUGGACAAGCCCAGAAUCCAGGUGCUAUUCUACAUCUCGGGAAGGGACUGGGACGACUACAGUGUGGUGGACAAACUGCCCUGUGUACGCAUGUUCGCGUUCCACGAAACGCAGGAGGUACGCGGGAACUGCCGUCUGCAGGGGGAGCAGGGAGUCUGCGUCGCCGAGCUGGAGCCUCCCACGUCGUGGUUCGCCCCACCCACCGUUAUUCCUGGCCGACAAAAAAUCCCGGAUCCUCCUGAGGGAAACCCAGUGGCACUUUAUUACUCUCUACGCUCAGCACAAAACGGCCAGUGCCUCGGAAAAGACACAGGGUUCAGGAAUCCUGGCCAACCUGCAAGCCAGGAAGACUCGUUCAGAUCUACCACGUCCACUCCGAUGAAGAGGAUCGGAAUAGUAAGAUUGUUUAGGACUUCCACUGUUCCGGAAUUAUCCGAACAGAGAGUGGACGGGAAUUUUGCAGUGCUCGUGCCGUCAGCGCCAGUCCGGCCGAGGGAAAGCGUAUCAGCUUACGUCGCAGCUUCUCCAUACUCACCUGUGGAAAUAUUCACUCUGAGGGUGAAGCUCAAAGAUGGUGUGACAUUCUUGGGGGCGCGACCCUGCAACCCUAUGCUCUGGAUGAUCAGUCAGGACGCCAGGGUCGAAGGUCAUCGCGUCGUCACCCUGCACUGUCGGAAGAAGGAGUCCAGCUACGCUCAGAGGGUGGAGCCCGGAUGGCAGCGAGUGGUGCAGGUGGAUUUGGAGAUGGAUGUAAUAGUGGACUCGGUAGGCAGUGGGAUCAUCUCGUGGAUGGUGGAGUAUCCAGGCAUCAGAGCGACGUCUGACGAAACGGAGACAAAAAUCCACAUCGUCCAGAGGGAGCUUGCCGGCAUCGUCCCACUCGCCAUGGACACGGAGAUCCUGAACACGGCUGUGCUGAACGGAAGGACGGUGGCCGUGCCGGUGAAGGUGGUGACGGUGGCGGUGGACGCAACCAUUACGGACGUCUCGGACGCCGUGCAGUGCCGGUCCACAGACGAGGACGUGGUCAAGGUGUCGGACAGGUGCGACUACGUGUACGUAAACGGUAAGGAGAUGAAGGGCCGAGUGCGGAUGCUGGUGAACUUCACCUACAGUUUUGCCACGGCUCAGCUGGAGAUGAACGUGUGGAUCCCACGCCUGCCGCUCCACAUUGAGGUUUCUGACACUGAGCUGAGCCCCAUCAAGGGCUGGAGGAUCCCCACAACCGCCAACACGCCAAGGUCAGUGAGGGACAGUGAUGAUGAAGAUGAUGAAGAGCGGAGAGGAAGGACCUGCACUCUGCAGUAUCAGAGAGCCAUCGUACGAAUCCUCACUCACUUCGUGGCAGAAUCGGCGGAGGUGCGAGGUCAGCUGACGUACAUGCUAGGCUCUGAUUGGCAGAUGGACAUCACAGGGCUGGUGUGGGACUUCCUGAAAGUGGAGGAUCCUCGAAUUGCACGCUUACAAGAUGGACGCCUGUUGGAGGGAGUGAGCACGGGGAUGACCAGCAUCCAGGUCCUGUCUCCUCUUUCGGACUCGAUUCUGGCAGAGAAGUCUGUAUCUGUAGUAGACGAGCGUGUCAGCAUCACUGAACUCGGCCUGCAGUUGGUCAGCGGCCUCACGCUCCGCCUACAGCUCAGCACAGGAAGUAACCAAGCCAUCAGUGCCACAGCAACCACACAGGAAGUGCUCAACACGCCCAAACAGGAGGCGCUGAUCAGUGCUUGGCUGCAGUUCAGUGAUGGCUACAUGGCCCCCCUGGAUCUCUACGACCCAGACCACUUUGUGCUGACGGUGAUCUCUCUGGAUGAAGAGGUGGUGAGUGUGAAUCAGGACACGACCGGGCGCUGGCCCGUGGUCUCGGCUCAGUCCGAGGGUCAGGGCCCACUACUGCGCGUCGAGAUGAGCGUCCAGGAGUCGUGUCAGAAGCUGAAACCUCGCCGCAGCGUCCUUGCUGCAGGAAACUGCCAUGUCCGGGUGAGAUACGGCCGCACAGAGAGCGUCUCGCAACCCGAAUACGCAGACGACAACGAGAACCACAGGCAGAACCAGAACUUACCUGACCGGACCGGGAUGGAGGGAAAUUAUUUCUACAGCUCCAUUUCCAACAUGGACGAUGAUGGAGCGCUAAGAAGAAUCACCACCACAACCAAAUCGGAAAUCAUCCACAGAACUGGGGGAGGAGAAAAACUCUCAAACGACGGCAGCCAAGUCUCCAACGUUCCCAUUGAUUUCUCCGAUUUCCCGGCCCAAGUGGACCUUCCUCGAGGACACAGCGUCUACGAUGACGACUUGCUUCAGAACAACCGAGGACUCUCGGACCUGGAAAUAGGAAUGUACGCCUUGUUAGGUGUCUUCUGUCUGGCUAUCUUGGUCUUUCUGAUUAACUGCAUUUCCUACGCGCUAAAAUAUCGGCAUAAGGAGAUGAGCAUCGAAGGGCAGGAGAGUCUGAACCACGCACAUGACUGGGUGUGGCUGGGAAACGAGGCGGAGCUUCUGGAGAGUCACGUGAGCCUUUCGCCGCAAACUGAGGAGCAAAUCACAAUUAUGGACUCGAGCCUUGGCGGGUUGGAGGAAGGAAGCCUUCUGCUCAAUGGCGACUCUUUACAGAAAAACGGCCACGAGCGGCAGGAACAACGAGGAGCCGAGAGCAACGGCGGGAAGGACGGCAAAGGCGACUCACCCACCACCAAGAGGAAGAGAGUCAAGUUCACUACAUUCACCACGAUUCCAGCCACUCAGACUCACGAGGAGGAGCCGAACGAGGAAAUAAAGUGGGUGUGUCAGGAGGUGGACAUGCGAGAGUCCAAAGAGCUGCAGAACUACAUGGAGCGGCUAAACGACAGCGUUUUAAAAGACAUAGCGUAGUCGUCAAACUGCAGAACUCACCCUUAUGCCUUUUCUUCACAGAGCCGAUUUCAGUCAUGGAAACAUCACAAGCUCUCUGAGAUACGGACACCACGGGGAGAGGACGUUUGUGCUAUUGUUGUACUCACAGUUCAACACGGCAGCUGCCAAAGGACUUGUAAACUGUCGUCAUGGUCCUCGUGACAAACCAGUUUUUAAAUUGAACACCACAAAAAUCUUUCAAUUCAUUUAUUGUUCAUUUACUGCCCUUCGAUUUGUUCCACUUCAUUAAUAAAAUAUUUUAUUUUAGCGCCUUUUCUAGUAAAAAAAAAAAAGAACAGCAUUGCUAAGCUUGCAGAUGCUACACACACACACACACACACACACACACACACACACACACACACACACACACUGAUGAGUGUAAUAUUAAUGCAUAUUGUACCACUGUAAAUAAAGUGCACAUAGAAUGGUUUUGACACACUGGACGUCCUGGCGAGUUUCCUUCCUCUCGCUCCCGAACGCCGCGACCUCGCGAUCCAGACCGGGCACUCGAGGAGUUAAAAUAUUUCUGCGUGUAUAAUAUAAACACGGUAUUCACCUCAUCUUUCACCUCAGCAAACUAAAUUAUUCCAUUUUUCCCCUUUGUGCCCUGUUUAAACCCAAUUCUAUUCCCCAAAUCUUUGGUAUGCAAAAAGCUCGCGUCGCUGCGAGCGUCGGACUGCGACUCAAGCUGUUUCCAGACAGAUAGCGAAAAAAAAUGCUCUAAUUUAAUCAUUUGUGACCGGGACAAUUUUUAUAACACAGAAAAAAAAAAGGCAGGAAAAAAAACCCAAAGCUAAUUUAAAUCAAUUAUAAAUUCAGCAUCGUUAAAGCGGCAGGAGGCUGAGCAGAGUGAAACAAGGACACGCCGAACAUCAGCGGAGACCCGCGGAAAAAAACUUUCUCUGCUAAUUAUAUAGCGUUCCAAUCAACUUAAUAGAGUUCCUGAACAAUUUCUGGUCCAUCCGUUGUUUCUGCAGCGGGUUUUUUGAAAUGGUUGUUGCUUCACGGUUAACAAACCAAUUCUGUACGUCGCUUUUCCAGAAAACCCACAGCUCAUGUCCGAUUCACGUCCUGCCCUCGAGUCGAUUCGGAAUCAAACCACUUGAUCAUUAGAGAUGAAUGAGAUCAUGUCACUCUGAGUGCGUUCUCACCUGGAGAAUCUUUAUUCUCACAUGGAGAACCUGUGUGUUCUCCAGAAAUCUUCGGGAGGAGAAAACACCAUGGCUUCCGGGUCAUCACUCCUCUACUCCACUACUCUGAUGGUUCUACUCUAAAAAAAAAAAGGACUGAUGUUUUCUCAUUAAUUUCCACCAAAACCAUGAGCCAGAUUUGACAUUUUCAUUUCCUUUAAAGUCCAUAUCUGUCAACCCCGAGCAUCAAGGUGUCCCUGGAGGACAAUUUUAAAAAGAUUUCCUGUCCAUUUAUCCCCGAUACGUCUAAUUCGAUCUCACCAGACCCGGCUCGGGUUUCUGUCUCGUGCCAAGUAGCUCAGAUGUCCAUAAGAUGUGCAACGAUCAUCCUGCAUGGGAUUGGAUGAAGUUUCUU